AAAGCAACAAAGAAGUUCCAAAAGAACCACCUGAAAGAAACCCUCGACAGAAGACGCGCUGUCAAAAAGAACUACAAGGGAAAGAAUGUCGGGCCGGCCAAGAAGGGUGGUGCGAACGCUCAGUUGUCGGUGGAGGAUUUGAAAGCCGAAAAGAUGAGGGAGAAGGAGUUGGAGGAGAUGAGUAUGGGCGACUUUUUGGCGGGUGGGUUUGAGGUUCCGGAAGGCCAGGACGGCGUUGCUGCCGAGGACGACGGGUCUGCGGAGGAAGACGAUGAGGAUAUGGAGGAGGACGAUGAGGAAGAGGAGGAGACCGCAGCACCAUCGAAGAAAAAGGAAAACAAAGCGGCACAACACAAACAAGACAUCGAAGCCCUCAAAUCCCAAGACCCAGAAUUCUACAAAUACCUCCAAGAAAACGACGCCGGCCUCCUCGACUUCUCCGACGCCGAAGACGACGAUCUCGCAAACCUCGACUCUGAUGCCGAAGACCUCGACGAUCCCUCCACCCCUUCCGCCUCCGGCGCUGAAGUCGUCACGAAAGCCCACCUCAAGCGCUGGCGAACCGCCCUCGUCUCCGAACACUCCCUCAAAGCCCUCCGCCGCGUCGUCCUCGCAUUCCGUGCCGCCGCCCACCAAGGCGAAGAUAACGACGCCAACAAAACCUACAAAUACGCCAUCCAAGAACCCGCCGUCUUCGACGAGCUCAUGAUCCUCGCCCUCACGCACAUCCCAGAGGUCGUCGCCCACCAUAUCCCCGCAAAGGAAAACGGCGGGUUGGAUACGGGUGGUGACAAAGCGAAAAAGUACCGGAAUCUGAUUCCGCUGCUCAAAUCGCAUUUCGGAUCGUUGGGGUACAUGUUGCCCAACCUCUCUGACCCGGCGACCCUGAAAUUGGUGUUGACGACAACGGAGAAACUCGUCCCAUACAUGCUUUCCUUCCGCAAAUUUCUCCGCGGGUUCUUGAAAUCUGUUAUCGACAUCUGGGGCACAAACACCCACGACAGCGUCCGCAUCGCCGCAUUCCUCCUCAUCCGGAAAUUCUGCGUGGUGGGUGAUUCCACAAUCCGCGACGUCUGCCUCAAAGCAAGCUACCAAACCCUCAUCCGCGCAUCCCGCUCAACAACAGUCCACUCCCUCCCCGCCAUAAACCUCCUCAAGAACUCCGCGGCGGAACUUUAUGGUUUGGAUCUCUCCGCGUCAUAUCAACACGCUUUCGGGUUCGUGAGGCAGUUGGCUGUGCAUUUGAGACAGAGUAUUACGCAGAAAAGUAAGGAAGCGUAUAAGGGGGUUUAUAAUUGGCAAUACGCACAUUCGCUUGAUUUCUGGGGAUUGGUGUUGGGGCAGUAUGCCAAAUCCCCCGAGUCGCCUCUCCGGGCUUUGGUGUACCCACUCGUGCAGGUGGUGUUGGGAGCGAUGCGACUCAUCCCAACCGCCCAAUUCUUCCCGCUCCGAUUCCACCUCAUCCGGACGCUCAUCAAACUGAGCGCGGCGACCAAGACUUAUAUCCCCCUCGCGAGCGCGUUAUUUGAGGUCUUGGAAAGUGCCGAACUCCGCAAAAAACCGAAACCGUCCACCCUGAAACCCCUGGAUUUCGGGUACGUCGUCAGAGCACCCAAGUCGUAUCUCCGGACCAAGGCAUACCAGGAUGGUGUUUGUGACGAGGUUGCGGAGUUGUUGGUGGAGUAUUACGCGCUCGAAGCCAAAUCGAUCGCGUUCCCUGAGUUGGUGGUGCCGGCGAUCGUCGCACUGAAGCGGUGGACCAAGAAAUCGAAGAAUGCAAAGUUUAAUCGCACGAUUGGGACGAUUAUCGACAAAUUCGACAUGAACGCGAAAUUCGUCACAGCCCGCCGCGCAAACAUCGAGUUUGCUCCUGAAAACCGGGGAGAGGUCGAUAAUUUCUUGAAGGACUUGGCGGUGGAGAAGACCCCGCUUGGUGGGUAUGCGAAGGUGCAGAGGGAGGUUAGGGAGGAGAGGAGGAGGAUGAUCGAGGAGGCGGAGAGGGAGGAGAGUAAUGCGAGGGCGGAGAGGAGGGAUGCGAGGAAGAAGGGGUAUGGGAGUGAUGAGGAGGAGGAGAGUGAGGGGGAGAUGGAGGUCGAUGAGAAUGAGAGUGAGGAGGAG